AUGUUCAGAUCAGCUUUAUCACAAAAACAUUUACCAGCAUUCUUUUGGGGACUUACACCAAGGUCCGAAACAUACGCUACCCUUUUACCUUUCCCCGUUUGGUCCCUGGGGAGGUUAUUGUUCACAGCUGUAUGCUAUUCAAAAACCAAGCAAUCUCGUGCCUCCCGACGUGGUUUAACCAUGCGUGUCUUGAAAGCUUCGCCUGCUGUUUUGAAUUGUUCUAUUGCUCCUGACAAUUCUACUGGUGUCGUUCCUGAGAAUAAUGAUGUAAACAAUAUACCAGAUUUCAGUGACGUCGAUAUGGUUUCUAUCGAGCAUGAUACAAUGAACACUUUUAUUGAACAAGAGACACGUCAACAAGAAGAAGAACAUGACGGAUAUGUUGAUUGUGAAAUUUCAGAUGUAGAUGAUGAUGAAGGUGCUGAAUUCGAAGAGCUUCAACUGGCGGAACAAUUUACGGAAGACUCUUCAGACGAAGAUAAUAGCACAAUGGAAGAUGUUAUUGAAG